GGGAUGGUUCUUACUUUACCAAUCUUGUCAAUGGAGCUUUUGAAACUUUUGAGGAUGUAUAUGAAACACCAGUUGAGUUGCAGCCAACUGCCCAAAUAAAGGAUAUCCAAACGUCAUCGAAGUCAAACCAGAAGCAAAAGGGUAAAAACUUUACUGAGGACGAAGAUAGACUUCUUGUUGCAGCUUGGUUGAAUGUUAGUACAGAUCCUAUUCAAGGGACAAAUCAAACUAGAGGCACAUUUUGGAGAAGGAUCUACUUAUUCUUUGAGGAAAACAGAGGAACUUUUGCAGAACGUAGUGAGGGAUCACUGUUGCAUCGUUGGAGUUCUAUCCAAGAUGCAGUGAGCAAAUUUUGUGGAUGUAUCAACAGUAUUGAAACUAGAAAUCAAAGUGGGAUGACAAUUCAUGAUAGGGUACGACAUCAUACAAAGUAGAUGUAAUUUGUCAAUUAUAAAAUUGUUGUUGACUGAGUUUAUUGUUCUCUUUCAGGUGGAGCAGGCCGAGAAGCUUUUUAAAUCUCAAGAUCCCCAGAACAAGUCCUUCCAGUUUAGACAUUGUUGGCUGUUAUUGAGAAAUCAACCAAAAUGGAAUGAUAAGCUGCAACAAUUAGUAGCAGUGAAAAAUAGCAACAAAAAACAGAAGACAUCAAAGAAAUCAAGUCCAACAAAUGUUGAUGCUGCAUCUCAGGAUACAAAUGUUGUUCUCCCUGCAGAAAUUUGCAUUCCAGAGCUAGCAGCACCAGAGAGACCAUUAGGGAAGAAGGCAAAAGAAGCAAAGCAUCGUGGUGGAGGUGAUGUCUGCAAAGAAGCAUUGGACCUUCUUUGGGCAAAGAAGGUUGAAGCUGACCAAGAGAAAGAGAUAAAAAGAGAGGAAAGGUAUGCCAAGUCAUAUGCUAUUGACAGAGAAAGGCUUGAGCUUGACAAAGAGAGAAUUGCACUAGAGAGGGAGAAGCUUAGUAAUGAAGCCAACAAUACUUACUUGAAGAGAAUUGUUGAAGAAGAGAGAAUUAUGAAUAUCGACCUCAGUUCUUUAAAUGAGAUGCAACAACAAUAUUACAUGAACCUUCAGUCUGAAAUUAUUACUCGUCGCAUGAAUUAGAUAGUUAUCCAGUUUUCUUUUAAAAAUACUUGUAGGAUUUUAUCUUAUG